AAAUUAGACUUUUUGUAAACAAUAAAAAAAAACAAAUACAUAAGUUCGAAAUACACAAUAAAAGAAACAAAAAAACAUGAGCGCAAUCCUGCGAAUUCAGCUCCUACCAACAAACAAGGUAACGGUGAGAAGGAUGAGUCAUAGCAAAGACCAACUGAGCAGCACCAUAAUCAGUGCUUACAAAAAACAAAAGCAGAAGAGAACGGUAGUCAACAACGGCCAGCAGCAACCGUGAUCACACCAACAUCUAAGCAGGUACCGGCAAGUACGCAGGCAGCGAAGAACAACAUACCGCAAGAAAUGGACGUAGAGGAGACCCAAACCACCUCCAACACCAAAAGGUCCGAAAGCAAUGCACCCAAAGCGUCGGCUGCACCCGUUGCCGCUCCAAGGGCCAAUGUUAUGCGCCCCCCGCCAUCCGCCGCAGCCGUCAGAGAAGAGCAGCUAGUAGAACCACAGGGGCCUCCCUGUUGCAGCCUGUGCCAUCGCCCGCACGCUCUAAAACGAUGCACCAUCUUCCAAAGUAUGAAGCCCGCUCAACGACAAAAGGUUGCAAGGGCUCACGGACAUUGCAUGACCUGCCUGGCAGAUGACCACGCCACCAUAGAGUGCUGGGCUGACGGUGCCUGUCAAUAUUGCCACAGGCCGCACCACACUCUGUUUCAUCGAUUUCCCACACGAGCCAAUCACACCAACUCCCGUACUAGACCACGCAGCGAUCCUCUCCGGCGACGACGACGCACCCAACCAACCACAAGACGUACGCGGCCAUCUCCGCCACGCCACGCUCAUCGCCAGCAACAACGACGCUCAACAGGGUUGAGCGCGGUACUCAGUACACUCCAACAGCUACAAAGGCACCUAGCCGAUUAAUUCGCCUAGGAGGGCCGGGAUGUUCACAUGAGCAAGAGCAUUCUGCAACAUCACAACACCUCAUCACACGUCACAUCACAUCACAUCACGUCACGUCACACACCUCAUCACACAACAGUUCAGCACACACCACUACACACACACGCAUCCAACACAGUACCUGACACCGCUCACUAUUACAACACAACAACCACACGAUCAUUAGCGAGACGACUCGGAUUGAUUUAAUAUUCACCACCCAAAGUAUCAAAAGGGAUAGAUCCGAACGGGAUCACGCUCUUUUUCGUUUGAUCCGUGAAGUAAGACGGUCGACCCGCAAUUAUUCAUUCCGCAGUUCCGCAACCUCCGCAUUUUGUCCUAGUUUGUGACUUCCCGCCAGAGUGACGUUGACGUGAGUUCCGGAUUUCGCCGCAGUGUCAGUGUGUGACAACCAAUACAAAAUAAUUAAAUUGUUAUACAAUAGAAAGAAAAAAAUACAGAAUUGAAGUGAAAAAUUAAAUACAGUGUGCGCUAGUGUGUUUUUAUUUGGCAUAAGUAUACUACAAGUGUAUCAAGUAAGUAUACUAGUGUUACACGUCAACAGAUAUAGUUACAUUUUUGUCAAAUACAAACAAGAAUUAUUAUUCGUAUCAACUGAAGAGCUCUAAGGGCCUAGUUGUUGUAAUCUAGGGUAUAGAGUCCGCCGUAGACUCUAGUGAAGUCAAAGAAGCAUUGGAAGAAUGUGGUUUUGGAAUUAAGACAGUUGUAAAUAUUUUUAAUUGAAAGAAAGCCAAUGUUUAAAAUUGAAUUGUUGCCGAGUUCUAAUCAACUUAAAAAAAUGAGACCCAUCCAAUACAUAAUUUGAAAUAUUUUCUGAAUCGUAGAGUAACUGUGGAAGAACCAAAUAAAAGAAACGGUCCGGUACAAUGUACUAACUGCCAAGAACAUGGGAAUACUAAAUCAUACUGCACUCUACGCAGUGUUUGUGUGGUAUGUGGUGAUUUACAUCCCACUACUAAAUGCACCCUUAAGAAAAAAGAAUUAAAUAAAAAAUGCAGCAAUUGCGGAGGAAAUCACACUGCUAAUUACAGAGGUUACCCUGUGUAUAAAGAUUUGAAAUCGAAGUUGUCACAGGCCAUUCAAGCACGUCGUAUCCAAAUGUAAUGUAACCCCGUAAUGAAAUUAUAGCAACUUUGGUCAGAAGUUCAAAUCCUAUUACUUCUAACAAUAAUAAUAUGCAAGGAAGCUAUGCAAAUGUGGUGAAAGGCAACACUGUGCAAAUGCAACUGCCGCAAAAUCCUCCAAAUGGAGGUAUUGAAACUAUGAUUAUAAAUCUUAGACAGUGUAUGACGCAAUUUAUGUCUAACAUGCAAAACAUGAUCCAAGAUUUAAUAUUAAGUAAAAAAUGAGUUUACUAAAUAUCUGUAUAUGGAAUGCUAACGGUGUAAGCCUUCACCUUCUGAAAUUAUUGGUAUCAUCAAAGAACUUAAUCCAAAAAAGUCGCCGGGAAAUAAUAAUAUUUCCUCAAAAAUGCUAAUUGAGUUACCAAUUAUUGCUGUAGAGGUGCUCUCUUUGCUCUUCAAUACAAUUCUUAGUUUCGAAUACUAUCCAAUUUCAUGAAAAAGUCGCAGAUUAUAUUGAUAGAUAAACCUGGGGAAGACUUAACACAGCCGUUUUCAUGCAGACCAAUCAGUCUUCUACCCUGUCUUUCUAAAAUAUUUGAAAAGUUGUUACUAUCAAGAAUCUCCUUUCCUCUACGAAAAUAAUACAAUACCAAUGCAUCAAUUCGGUUUUCAUCCACAAUGGAGCAAGUAAAUAUAAUUACCAACGAGAUAAUGAAAGCAUUUGAGCACAGGGAGUACUGUUCAGCUGUAUUACUAGACGUGGCUCAGGCGUUUGAUAAGGUAUGGCAUGAGAGCCUUUUGUAUAAGAUUAAAAAAAUUCUACUUUUAGAAUUGUAUAAAACAUUGGAGUCAUAUUUAAAAAAUAGAAAAUUUAUGGUAAAAGUGGGGGAUUUCAAAUGAUGAACGACAGAUAAGGGCUGGUGUACGCCAGGGCAGUGUUUUAGGCCCAACACUAUACAUCAUAUAUACAGCAGAUCUUCCAACAGCUAAUAAUUUAUUAACUUCAACUUUUGCGGACGACACAGCUUUAGUGAGCCGUAACAAAUGCCACAUUUUGGCAUCAAGAAUAUUAGCGGAGCAUUUAAGUUCUGUCGAAGAAUGGCUAGCGAACUGUCGUAUAAAUGCGAAUGAACAGAAGUGUUAGCAUAUUACAUUUUCGCUAAGACCAAAGAUGUGCCCGGCAGUAAAAAUAAACAAUAUUUUAGUACCCCAAGCGAACGAAGUAACAUAUUAGUCUAAGAGCCAGUGAAAAGCUACCAGUAUGUAUUUGAUCAGACCUAGGGUUUUGUCCAGUGAGGCCCCUAUGCUUAUUGCACAUGACAUGGGGACUCACUAAGCCCAACCUGGCGGACGCGGCGCGCGCCCAGGUAAGACAGGUAUCGAUUUUUGUUGAAAUUUAGAUGUAUUUGACCACGUCUGCCGUUUUGCAAUUUUACAAUAUAUUAUUAUUAUUAUCGAAAAACAACAAUGGCAGACCAUUAUCGCGCGUUUAACAUUGCAGCAGACGGGUUUGAAAGUGCUGAAAAAAUAAAAUUUUAAAAGUAUUUGACCAGAUCUGCCAUUAAUAUAUUUUAUUCAUUAGGGUCUUAUAAACCUAUUUU